AUGGGGGAGGGGGACUACGCACAUCUGAACAUGCCCCCCACGGCCUGCGAUGUCCGCACCAACGGGAAACAUCAGCUGCACAGUGAGGCCCACGCGGCGCGCCGCCGCGCCCCGCUCGUCCACCGGGGUUACUACGUGCGGGCCCAGGCCGUGGAUGGCUGCGCGCGCCGGUUCCUGCUGCAGAGCCGUGGCUGCCCCCGGAGACAGAUCCUCUCUCUGGGGGCUGGCUUCGACUCCCUGUAUUUCCGCCUCAAGUCUGCGGGUCUCCUGAGCCGCACCGUGGUGUAUGAGGUGGAUUUCCCAAGCGUGGUGUCCCGGAAAGCUGCUCUGAUCAGGGGCACAAAGGAUUUGUCAAUGGUGGUGGGAGGAACUGGAGGUCAGGAAUCAGGAGCCAUGAGUUUUGUUGGAGAAGAUUAUAAAUUACUGGGAGUAGACCUGUCUGAGCUGUCUCAGUUAGAGAAAGCCCUGGAAGAAGCGGGACUGGACAGUGGGGUCCCCACCAUGUUCCUGGCAGAAGUGGUGCUCACCUACAUGGAGAACAGCAGGUCGGACGCUUUAAUCCGGUGGGCGGCACAGCACUUCUGCCAGGCGCAGUUUGUGCUCUAUGAGCAGAUGCACCCUGAGGACCCCUUUGGGCACAUCAUGCAGCAGCACUUCGGCCGCCUGAACUCAGCACUUCACGGCCUUGCUCAGUACCCGGAUUGCGAGGCGCAGCGGAGACGCUUCCUCCAGCAGGGGUGGACCGAGUGCUUCAUUGCAGAUAUGAACCAGUUCUACACCCUCUGUAUUCCAGCAGAGGAGCGGCAGAGAGUGCAGGCUCUGGAGCCCUUUGAUGAAUACGAGGAAUGGCACCUGAAAUGUUCCCAUUAUUUUAUCCUGGUUGCCUCAAAGGGGAUGGAGCUUACCUGGACUUCUAUGUUAUCCAGCCUGGCAGUUGCAGCUUCUGUUCCUGGCAAUGCCCCUGCCACCACUGGGAGCAUCCGUGCCUCCGUGUGCGUGAUUGAUUCCGAAGCCGCAGGCCUGAGGAGGUUUGCUCACCGCUCUGUGCUAAUCGGACCACAUCUAGUCCUUACCACUGGUGGCUUUGGAGAGCAGGAUGGACGGCACUGUCGCCUGAGAGAGCUUCACCUCCUAGUCAGGCAUAAGCACAGCUGGCGAGCAGGCUGCGUGAGAGUGGAAGAGCCCAGCAGUGCUUGGGGUGGGUGGUUGUACCACACUGUGACUCGUCUCUCCGAGAGCCGGGCCCUGGUAAUGGGAGGGCGAAUGUCCCCCACCAGCACAGCGUUGGGGGCGCUGUGGCUAGAGUUCCACAAAUCCUCAAGUGCCUUGGACCCAGACAGCAUCGUGGUGCAGUUCAAGAGGCUGCAGCUAGCUGAGGAACCGGUCUCACAGCGCUGGAGACAUACCACAACUGAGGUGACAUGCCAAGGCCAGAAAUACUUGUUUAUCUAUGGGGGCUGUUCUGCUGUGUGGCCUUUGCUGGGGGACUGGUAUUUCCUGCAUGUGGAGGAGCUCUCCUGCACGCAGGUUCCGGUCCUGGGCGUGGUCCCGGACGGCCGUCAUUCCCACAGUGCCUGUGCCUGGGCCGGGGGAGCACUCAUCGCAGGAGGCCUGGGAGCAGCUGAACAGCCGCUGGGGUCAGUGCUCUUCCUGAGACCGACAGAGAGUGGCUUUCAGUGGCAGACAUUGGAGACGUGUCCUCCUCUUGUCCCCAGGUAUUCACACACUGCUCACGUGCAUGAUGGGAAGCUCCUGCUGGUGGGGGGAGUGUGGCUUCUUGCUCCGUCGGUGCCUGGUGUGGCUGUCGUUGACCUGAUGACAGGUGCCAGCGUGGAGUACCAGAUUGACGUGGAGGCCGUGGAGUGGCCGUUGCUGCUGCACAACCACAGCAGCGUCCUGCUGCCUGACGAGAAGGAGCUGCUGCUCAUUGGUGGCGGAGGGAACUGUUUCUCCUUUGGGACCCAUCUCAACCCCCAGCCUGUCUGCUUGGACCUCUGUGACAUCCUGACCAGCUGAGCUGCUGCUGGGACACUGCCUGGGACAAUCAGUGCUGUGCUGUGGAAGGGGCCAUCAGCUUCAUCGGGGCGUCUGAGGGCCUGGGCACAGGGUGAGGGCUGUGCUGUGCACCCAUGCGCCUGGACUUCCUGCUUGGCUUCUGUCCGUGUGAUGGUGCCAGGUGCUGAAUUGCUCACACAGCACUUUAGUGAAGGGAGAGGAGCAAGAGCGGGGGUGGAAGCCUUGCUAUGGGGAGCACCAGACCAUCCUGAGCUCGUGCUCCAUCCGUGUCCUGGGACGAGACUUGGUGACAGCAGGGACAGUGCAGGUGACGUGAAGCCAGGAGCGUUUCUGGAGAAGUGCUUGCAUCAGGCUUGUGUCGCUGCCCCACCAGUCAGCGGGGCGGGGGCCAGGCCCCUUCCCAGGUGCUGACUGAUGAACUUGUUCGAUUACAGUGUUCCUGCCUCCUAUGCACGUUGACUGUGUGAGGCCCAUUUGUCCCGUCCCACUGACUGCCAACUGCGCACGUGGCGGGCCUGUACCGACGCUGUCCUCGGGCCGCCCUGGAAUCGACAUCAGACGUUCUGGUGCCUUCCACCCGGCUCGCAGUCCAGCAGCUGUUAACCCCUUUCAGCAGAGUCCUGGCCAGCCCUUGGGCCUGCGUGAAGGCUGGGCUCCCCUGGGUGGCAGAGCGCGGUGGAGCCAGGGCCGUGGGGACCAGGGCGAUGCCUGGCAGCGCUUACCCCUGAACUGGCCCCUUGGGUGUGGGGUCACAGCGUGCUCUGCGGCUGGGCAGCACCUUCUGCUUGGGCAUCUGGUUCAGGCUCCCAGGCCUCGUCCUCUCCCAUCUGCUCGUAUCCACCUUGCCCUGGUGCAGCGCUCUGCUGAGGCUGCGGUGUAGCGCGGGGGGGGGUAGGGCUCCCGCAGCCCUCAACAGACUCUCGUCUGCGGGGAGCGUGUCCUUGGGCUCCCCGUGUUGCCACCCACCUGCUCCAGGAGCCUGCGCAGCUGGGGCCGUGCUGUUUGGCAUCGCACCCCGAUGCCCCGCUUCAGCCACGUUACCACUGUCCAAGCCCACCCCGGUGGUGCGCUGUGGAAACCUGAAUGUUUGCAGUGCACUGGAUGGGA